AUGACCAUUCAACGAGGAAUCGGAGCCGGAUCAAGCAGAAUUCUCUUCGAAGGAACAGACAUUAAGUUGGAUCCAACUUGCGCAGUCUUCAUUACCAUGAACCCCGGCUAUGCUGGUCGAUCAGAGCUUCCAGAUAACUUGAAAGCGCUUUUCCGAUCUGUUGCUAUGAUGGUACCAGAUUAUGCACUCAUUUCUGAAAUUUCACUUUACUCAUUUGGAUUCGUCAGAGCUCGACCGCUGUCAGUUAAAAUUGUGGCGACUUAUCGACUCUGUUCCGAACAGCUCUCUUCGCAAUGCCACUAUGAUUAUGGUAUGAGAGCUGUCAAGUCUGUCCUCACAGCGGCAGGCAAUCUAAAACUCAAAUACCCAGAUGACGUUGAAGAUAUUCUUAUGCUCAGGUCGAUUAUUGAUGUCAACUUGCCGAAGUUCUUGGCUCAAGAUCUGCCUCUCUUCAAGGGUAUUACGACUGAUUUAUUCCCUGGCAUAGAACUUCCACCGCCAGAUUACAAAAUGUUUGAAGAGGCAAUCGAAGAAGUUUGCACCGAGAUGAAUCUUCAGUUACCGUCAUUUUUCCUUGACAAAAUUCUGCAAAUUUAUGAAAUGAUGAUCGUCCGACACGGUUUUAUGAUCGUUGGAGAUCCGUUUGGUGGAAAAACGUCAGCAUACAGGGUGUUGGCAAAAGCAUUAAAAAUCAUCAACGAACGGCAUAAUUUCGAAAAUCAAGUUGAAAUUACAGUUAUCAACCCAAAAUCGAUCACGAUGGGACAACUGUACGGACAGUUCGAUCCAGUGUCACACGAGUGGUCCGAUGGUAUCCUCGCCGUGUCUUAUCGUCAGUUUGCAGUUUCAACAAACCCAAAUCGAAAAUGGCUCAUGUUUGAUGGACCUGUCGAUGCGGUUUGGAUUGAGAACAUGAAUACAGUACUUGACGACAACAAAAAGCUUUGUCUGAUGUCGGGAGAAAUCAUCCAACUGGCAAGCACGACGAAUCUGAUCUUCGAACCGGAAGAUUUAGAGGUGGCAUCGCCAGCUACUGUCUCUCGCUGUGGUAUGAUUUACAUGGAGCCUCACAUGUUGGGUUGGCAGCCGAUGGCAGCUUCGUGGCUGAACACGCUUCCGGAAAGCUUUUCGACCGAAAUGAAGACAUUCCUCAAUGCAUUGAUGGAUAGAUAUCUUCCAGCCUUGCUUGAAUUCAAUAGAAAGUCGGGUGUCCGUCAUCUCUCUCCAGUAAGUCAAACGAAUAUGGCGGUUUCUUGCAUGAGAUUGAUGCAGUGUCAGUUCACAGAGCUCUCUGACCCCAAGAUAGUAGCUGAUAUGCACGAACGAGAUGUUUACAGCUGGCUUGAGGGAAUAUUCCUGUUCUCGUGCACAUGGUCUCUUGGAGGAGGAAUUAACAGCGAAGGUCGAGAAAAGUUCGAUAUGCUCAUUCGCGAAAUGAUCGACGGCCCUCUCUCAGAAUUAACAAAGAGCAAAUUCAACAUGAUCACAAAAGUCGAAUCUCCGACACGUUCUCUUUACGUUCCGAUUCCAAAGACUGAAAGCAUUUAUGCGUGGAACUUUAUCCGAGAAGGAAUUGGUCGUUGGGAAAGAUGGACCGAAGAGCUCAGAAAUAGUCCUAAAAUUCCAGCUGGCCUUGACUUCAAUCAAAUCGUCGUUCCAACGCAAGACACAGUUCGAUACACAUAUCUCAUGGACAUUCUUACUCAAAACAAAAUGCCUUCACUGUUUGUCGGUCCAACUGGAACGGGAAAAUCCGUUUAUGUUAACAAUUAUUUGGUUAAAGAUCUUGAUCAGGGACGGAGUACAAUUUGUGGCCAGCCAAGCAGCUGA